AUGGAAAAUGUCGAGUAUUUUCACGAGAAGCUUCUCCUGCCCGACGAGGAGUUCGCGCUCCUAGAAGCGGCAGUGGCGGCCGCGGAGCGGGAAGCGGCUGCGCGGAGAGCUGCGCGGGCGGGUAGCUCCGCGGAGAUAGUGGUGGAACAUCCGCGGGUGGACAGGUCGGCGGAGGCCGGGAGGGAAUCCGCGCACACGCGGAACGAUGCGUGUGGGCGCGGGGACAGGAUCGAGUCUGCGGGAAGCAGCGCGGAGGCGUCGUCGCGGCAGCUGGUGUUUUCAGAGUCAACUCAUAAGUCGCUUUACGCAUGGAUGCGACCAGAGACGCUUUUUGAGGCGCCUCGACAUCCCGACGCGCCUUUUCAGGCUCCUCAAAUGGCGGAGCCUGUGACAAGGAGGUCCCUUUUUCCGGACAUUGAGGACGUGUCGAGUCUCGAUGCGCUGCCAGCGGAAUGGACACGUGGCGUUGCUGGAGGCGCAGGCGCUGAUGGGUGUUCGAGGGAGCGCGAGGAAGGAAUGGAGGCUUGGGGAAUGAGUACAGAGGCUUGGGUAACGGGUUCAGAGGAGAGGGGAACGAAAGAAGAGGGGCGGGAAGCUAAGGAAGGGGCGCUGGAGGAGUGGUGUGAGCAGCGGGUGCUGUUCUCUCUCGCCUGCGGCAAACCCCCGCCAACAGCAGCGAUGAGGGCGGGCGCGGAGAGGCACGCAGCGUUGGAGCGGGAGGUGGUGGAAGCAGUAGAGGUGGCCGUGGCAGCCAGGGAGGACGCGUGGGCGCUCAGACUGCUGGGGGCGGCUGCUAGAGUCCUGGCCCUGGGGGAGGGUAUGAGGGAGGCGAUGGGGGUUGCCAUGGGGAGGGAGGAUGGAGGAGUGGGGCCCUUUGGUGGUGAUGCUGCCGGCAUAACGCGAGAAGUCUUUGUGUGA